UCACCUCAAUCGGCAAAAUGACGUCUAAUACAGUAAAAUGCGCGAAUUGUAAUGUGGUGAUAGAUGAACUGUUGUCGUUUAUUGUGAACAAAAUAGAUGUGAUGGACCAUGAUAGUCUUUUACGUUUGUGCGUGACUGCUUUUAAUUCCGAGGAAGUGGAGAAAUCGAAGAAAUUGUUAUUCGAUUCCAUUACUACGGAUAUUCGAAACAUAAAAAGGAAAGGGAAAGGUGAGAGCAAGAUGCAAAAAGACCUGGAUGAUAUAGUGAUUGUAAUUAAAAGUAUUGACCCGGAAAUAAUGCCAGUUUUUGUCGCUAAGGAUUUACAAAAGCUGCCACCUGUGACCUUUGACCAUAUUGAUGUAACAGGUUUGUUAAAGAAAUUGCUUUUAAUAAGUUCCCAAGUGAAAGAUAUUCAAGAAAGUUAUGUGUCAAAAGAACUGCUUGAAAGUAAGUUAUCGAGUUUCACUUUAGACUCUGAGUCAGUAAAAGACAAAGAAAAAAAAAUUGUUUACAUUGCGGGUAGCGGGCCGGUGACAUUGAAAUCAGCUGUGGAGGUAUCACAGGCGCAGGUACCAUUAGACAAGGGCGGUCGUGGCCCAUCUCACUCGCACCCACUGAGAACAGAUGCGCACGAGUGUGAAAGUAUGACAAUGUCACCGAGCGAUGACGCGCUUAUCGAUCAAAAUGAGUUAGCGAUACGUGCAGGAGAGAGAAAGCAGGAUAAACUGACAGGUCUUGAUGUAAACAAUUCUGUAGCCACGGUAUUGAAUCGAAAUGAAGAAAGAUCACCACGGGAACAGACAUCUUUUGUGGAUGUGAUUCGUAGGGACGAUGGGUGCAGGUAACUAGAAAAAAAAGAAUACGCUCUCAAAAUACAAAUAAAUUUGCAACAUUGAAAGGCAAAGCGGAU